GAAGAGUUGCAAAUUUAUAAAUAUGUUCAAAUUCAAAAUAUGUUACUUUUGAUCGUUGUUUUCAUAAGAAAACACAGGUGGUAGUCUAAUUUUAAUAUUCUAAUGUUUAUGUUAGAUGAAUUGCAGAGAUCAAGCAUUUAACUGGGUAUGUUGUAUGGCUUUAUUUAUAAUACAAUGUUUUAUGAUAUCGUACAAAAUAGUGCAUUUGAUGUACAACAGUAUACCAUACAGUGAUAUUAAAUCAUUCUAAAGUUAAAUGUUGUUCACUGUGUUUGCAUAUUAGCGUGGGAAUACGAUGAAAACAGCUGAUUUUCUGUCCAUGUAAAAAUUUAAUAUUUUGUGAGUUCUGUCAAAUUGUUGUUGUUUUUGGUAAUAGAUCAAUUAAAAUUUUAAUGAAGGGGGACCUUGAUUUGUCUUGCCUUAAAUCUUACAUAACCUUUGUUUGAGUCUGGUUCAUAUAUCUGGGCUCAGUAUUCAUGUGUUGUUUAUAUGAACAUUAGGAUGGCAGUUGCCGCAGAUGCUAGACGGGAUGUUUUUGAAGACUCGCUGAAUGAGAAUAAUGGUAUGCAGAAUCAGAUUGCUUCUUCUCUGAUCUGAGCAGAUUACUACUGCAGUUGGCAAUGAGUUUGCUAAUGACCUGCGAGUCUGCUUGGCACUCUCUAUAUCCGAUAUCGUGAGGGCACAUAUGUCGUACCCAGACUGCACACAGUCAGGUGUACGAAUUAACAUAUCGCGAUUCGCAAAUCGCAAUGCACUUUUGAAGAUAUGCGAUACAAAAAAGUGCAAAAACUAAAAAAAAAAUGAGAUACGUAAUAAUUGUUUGUCAAAACAUCACUUUUUUCCAAUAUAUUUUGACAGAAACUGCAUUUUGAACAAGUCAUAAAAUUGAAUAAAGUGCGAGGAACUGUUUAUUUAAACCAAUUGCUACCAAGAUACCUAUAUUAUUUAUCUUUUCACCAAGGUCAAAAUCGGUAUAAAUUAGUGAUAAUAAUUUAUAUUGCUGUGUUCGCAGAGGUACGACUAUUAUUGCAAUUAAAUGGACCAAUCAUAAUUCAAAAAUUUUGAUCCUAUACAUCUUGGGGGAAAGUAUAAAAGGCAAAAAAACUUUUAAAAUUCACACAUAUACUGUAGUGACAUUUUGGGUAUAUGAUAGCCUACUCAAACCGACCUGACCGUGUAGCUCAGUUGGCAGAGCAUUGGGCUAGUAUUCCAAAGGUCAUAGGUUCGCUUCCCACUGUGGCCAGGCAAUAUUUUCAAGCUUGCCCGGUGUGGACAUACACUCAGAGUAACAUCACAAACAUCAUUAUUAAUGACGUUACAUAGUAACCAAGGUUAAUAUCAUAGGAACUGUCAGGGUACGAAUUAACUUUGGGAAAUUAGUGCAUCGCAAUUAUUGUCAUUGAAAAGUCGUACACCCCCUCCCCCAUUUCCCGGCUCCCUACAACAUUGGAAAUUCCAAUAUUUUAAUCUCAAAUGUUUUUUCAUUGCUAUAUCAACAGCAUGCUUGUGCAUAUCAGUGUUGAUAGAAUCAGAGGUCGCACUUUUAGAGCCUUCGACCAAUCGACCCAUGCACGACUGUAGUUUUUCAACCCUUGGAGCCGAUCGUUGUAUUCUUUACACAUUGAAUAUUUCCAUCAGGUUGUACUGUAUAUAAUCCCAUUCAAGUUUAAUGUUGUAUUCUUUCUCCCAGUUUUUCACAGUUUUAAGUUUAGGCAUGUCUUCUUUUGCCAAUUGAAAAAUUUAUAAAAAAUUAAAAAUGGUUUGUUCCAGAAAAGAUCCAUACUGGGUGAAAUCUAGUUUGAUGAUAUUAAGAUGUUCUAGGAUGUCUGAGGAAGAGGGGGGAUGUUCUAGGAUGUCUGAGGGGGGAGGGGGCUAACUUCCAAUUUCCUCUGUGGUGAAGUGUGGAUUUUUUCUGGAAUAUAUUCAAACCCAAGUGGUAUAUUGUCUGACUCGUACCCAUAGGUCAGUGGACUGAAUGUGACCAUUCCCAUCAUGCACCAUUAUUUUUUCAAUCUUCAUCAGAGAGACUGUGUACGAGUCAGGUAUAUUGUACUCAUAUUUUUUAGUGCACGUGCGCUAUGGAACAUACCAAAAAUCCUCUAAAACGGUUUACACUUAUUUUAUAGGUUAUGAAAUUGAUUAUGAAGCUGAAACAAGUGCAUUUACUAAUGAGUGCAAAGAAUUUAUGAAUAAGUUUGUGUCAAAAAUAUUUUCCGGAAGGUGGUAAAAACUAUAAUCAAAUAAGUGUAUUCCUGUGUCUAUGUCUACAUGCCUGUACAGAUGUAUUGUUAUCAUGCAUGGAAGUGUGUUAGUGGAAUCAGGGCUGCCGAGAGCACAAAAUACUACACAGAAGUCCAUCUCCAUUGUUUUUAGCGUAAGCUCUAUUCGUCAUGAUUCAUCACUCAGCAAGUACCGUAAACAGAAGCAGUCCCCCCUUGGAAAUACUAAAAAUGACGCACGUCCAGGGAGGUGACUGCUUCUGUUUACGGUACUUGCUGAGUGACGAAUCAUGACGAAUAGAGCUUACGCUAAAAACAAUGGAGAUGGACUUCUGUGUAGUAUUCUGUGCCGAGAGGUUGGAGGGGGCCUGGGGCAAAUUUUUUUAGAAGCCCCUAUUUCAAAAAUUUUUCCGGAAAAAUUUUUUUUUCUGAGAACAACAACCUCCCCCUUUUUAGGGAAAAUUUUUUUCCGAACGAGUACGUUGCAAUUGCUUUCCAGCGACUUUACCUCAAUUUUUCAUACCAAAUUUCGGUACUUUACCCCCCAAAAACAAAUAUCUUACCCUUUCCGCGGAAAUAUUUAACCCCAAAAAAUGACUGGGGCCCAACAAAAAAUUUCUAGGGGCCCCCAGAACCUGGGGCCAUUUCCCCCCCUCUCGGCGGCCCUGAGUGGAAUUUAUUUUGCACAGAUACAUGUACGCCUAAGUGUACCUAUUUUUAUACAACUAGAACAGUUCUUUUUUCCAAAGAUUGAUGAAAAAUAUACAAUCCAAUAGCAAUUUUCUUGCACACCCUUAAUAUGUACUUCUGCUAGCCUGCUCACAGACGCUUUUAUCAGCUGUAGGCUACGCUUCUGCGUGCUUCACAUCCCGCGCAUUAUGAUAAAUAUGCCAUACCUAUUUUAAGGAAAGUGGAUAGCAAAUAAGAAUACAAGUUCGUGCUUUUUAGUGAGAUCACUCAAGAGGAAAAAGCACAGUUCGGAGUAAUUUGCCAGGUUUGAUGCCAUCAAUCGUAUUUAUAUGAGAUCGACGCAACUUUUAGUUAGGUCUUGAAAUUUCAUUUCUGUUGAUGUUAUGUAGCAUUCUCCUGCCAGACGAUGGUUUGCUCGCUACAUCAACAUGCAGGUACAAGUUAUAAUACAUGUCGGCUUAUAUAAACACUAAAAUGACUAAAUACAGUAUGCAAUUAGCCCAGGACCGGAUUAACGUUGCGCAAGGCCCGUGGCAGAUUUUAGCGCGAGCCCCCCUCCUCCCGUUUUGAAAAUCUUUGAAUUCAAAGACACAUAAAAUUGUUAAAUAAUUGUUUUCAAUAUUUCAAUUAUUGGCAUCACUUAUAAACGAGACAAUGCAAUGUUUCGGCCCAGUUGUUGGGUCAACAAGUAUAAACAGGAUCAUAUAACAACUCAGCGCAACUGGAGAUUACAUGCAUACAAGUAUUGCAUAUUUCCCUGAGGCCAACUGCCAAGCCUAGGGGCCCUAAAUGCGCGAGGCCCCUAAAUUCGCGAGGCACCUAAAAGGGCGUGUUCUCGUAAAAAUGGGUGUGGCACAGUAAAGCGCGAGGCCCCCAUAAGCGCGAGGUCCGUGGCAUAUGCCGCAUCUGCCACGAGCCUUUCUCACGCCGCCAUUUUUGGGUGGCAACCUUUUUAGAACAGGGAUAGUAUCAUAGUAAACAGUGAAAAUGAAACUUUCUAUAACUAUAGUUGUAAGUAUAAUCAUUAUAAAUCGAUUUACAGUUAAAUAUUUGAAAAAUUAUUUUCACAUCGCUUAGAUUUUUCACGUUGUUUAUAAAAUAGUACGCUAAAAAUUGCGGAUUUUAUAGACCUUCGACUUCGUGAGAAAGGCUAAUUGAAAUAAAUUACAUUGAAAGGCAACAACGAACUCUUCGAAAUCUUAACUCUCCCUUUCCCCGGUUUUAUCUAAUAUCGUAUUUUCACAUACUGACCAGUGGCGCCGUGGCCGGGGGGGGGGCAUGCCCCCCCCUAUUGUGGAGACCCGUCGGAAAAUUGUGAAUGUUGUCAGAAAUUUUUGGAAAAUUGUCAACGUUGUCGGAAAUUGUCAAAUUUUCCGACGUUGGUAUACUCGGAAAAUUUUGGAUAAAUGGAGAGAAUUGGUGAUGUCCGGAAAAAUUUUAAGAUGUAAUGAGGUCGCCCAAAAAAAUUUCAGUUAAAAAGUUUUCGCGACGUUUCUGUCGGAAACUAUUUUCCGGUUUGUCGGAAAAGUACUGCCCUUGCCCCCCCCCCCCAAAAAAAAACAUGGGUCCCACGGCGCCACUGAUACUGACGCGUCAUCCGUCAUGAGACGAUCAAACUGCGCAGAUACUUUCGGAUAAUUCAUCUGUUUGGAAUAUGAAAAUACAGUUUUACUUGCAGGAUUCCUUCAGACAUCCUGUCCUGUGUAACAAUCAAUUCUUGAUCCAACUAAGUACUUGCCAAUUCUUUUUUAGCGAGGGGAAAAUAAAUGCGUGGAUGAAAUUACAUUUUUCAGACUUGUUCAGUAUUUUGCCACUGUACUCUUUGAGUAAGUAUAUUCCUCUUGAAAUUACUAAAAGCCCAUAAAUUAGUUAGAUGUGGUGGCAAUUAGCCUACACACGGAAAACGCACAAGUUGUCACAGGUCUGCAAACAAGUUGUUACAAAUCUGUUCCGACAAGCUGUCGACAAGUUGUGUUCGCACUGCUUGUUCCCAGUUGUUGUAACAAGUUGUUAACAACUUGUAACAAGCUUUAUGGCAUUAUCAAACUUGUUACAAGGUUGUUCUCACAAAUUUGAUACAGUCAUGAUAUAACAAGAAUGUUACAAGAUUGACGACACAAGAUUGUAACAAUAUUGUUAUAUCAUGACUGUAUCAGACUUGUUGGAACAACCUUGCAACAAGUCUGAUAAUGUCAACAAGGUUGUUACAAGUUGUUAACAGAUUGUUCCAAACUUGUUGACAAUUACUUGGGACAAGCAGUGCGAACACACAAGAGAUUUUUUUCGUGCAUAUUUCCGGAGGGAAGAUUGUAACUUUUGGAGUCUUGUGUAUUCCAGGUGUCACCAAGCAGAUGACUUUCCUCCAGCGAAAACUUUGAUGAAUAUGUGUUUUACUUUUUGUCAUGUUUUUCGCGCAGGUACAGUACCGCUCAGGAAUAUAAUUAUCAAAGAAAAAACCCCACAAAAACUACAAAGAACUUAAUAUAAUUAUGCAAGCUUGUUUUCCACUAGGCGAACUUGUACGUGCAAAGCUACUUUUCCCUUUCGGUUGGCAUCGCUUAUCACAUCAGCAAAAGGAAAAAAUUCGCCUAGUAGAGAACCGGUGAAAACCGUCUUUAAAAUCUGGUUUACAAUAUCAAAGUUUCUGUGAUCACAGUAGGAAUUCUGCAAAGGUAAAUUCUAAGUUUUGAAGGGUUUGUAAGAAACGUUUGAGGAAACUGUUUCAGUGUUAAACACAGAGUCGGUUCAGGGUGCGAUAAUUCGAGAUUUUUAAUCGUACCGACUUGUACUCUAUGACUAUUGCCUCGUACUUGAGCUGGUAUAAAAUUAAGUCUCAAGGUGUACUUACUCUUUGAAUGAUGUACACUUAAAGUGCAGGUUUCUGAAAGGUAUUCAUUCAGUAACCUGUUAGAAUUUACCUAUCCAAAAUUCCUACUGUGAUCACAGAAAGUUUGAUAGUGUAAACCAGCCUUAAUACGAGGUAGAUAUUCCUACUGCACCGCGACUCAAAACCGUAGCGAUACUGCUACUUAAAAGUCUUAACCGUUGCUCGGUGAGACUUUGUAUAAUAACUGAUUAGUCGUUUAUUUUAGGUAAAACUGUAGAAAGGAAGGAGUUUCUUCAAGUUUACCUUAGGGACCAGCCUAUAUGGUAAGUAACAAUAACUACUUCUACAUAUAAUGACUACCUUGUACCCAAGGCCUUUUAAUCUUCUUUUACAUAGGCGUGCAUUGCGGUUUUGGAAUGCAGCUUUCCUGGAUUCUGUUCACAGUGAAAACCACAGUCCAACAUUACCUCGGUAUGAUGUUCAAAGUUAUGACCAUAGUUAUGACAUUGUUAGUACUAAAGGGAUAAAGAAUGCAGUUUGCCCAUCUUCAAGGUUUCCUGGUUUGGCCACCUUCGGGAAACAUGGCUAGGAAACAAUGUUUCCUGGUCUGCUCAUCUUCAGGAAACAUGGCUAGGAAAAAAUGUUUUCUGGUUUGCCCACCUUCGGGAAACAUGGCUAGGAAACAAUGUUUUCUGGUUUGGCCAUCUUCAGGAAACAUGGCUAGGAAACAAUGUUUCCUGGUUUGCCCAUCUUCAGGAAACAUGACUAUAACAAACAAUGUUUCCUGGUUUGCACAACUUCAGGAAACAUGGCUAGGAAACAAUGUUUCCUGGUUUGCCCAUCUUCAGGAAACAUGGCUAGGAAACAAUGUUUCCUGGUUUGCCCACCUUCAAGAAACAUGGCUAGGAAACAAUUUUUCCUGGUUUGCUCACCUUCAGGAAACAUGGCUAGGAAACAAUGUUUCCUGGUUUGCCCACCUUCAGGAAACAUGGCUAGGAAACAAUGCUUCCUGAACGAUGCACUUUUGUUUAACCCUCAGCCCACAAACGAGAUUUUAAAUUAUGUCUUGUGUAUUUUAUACGCAGGUCCGACUGGAACAAUCUGUCUGAAAAUGACAAACACGAUAAAAAAGAACAUCAUAAAAACAGCAUAUUUGGUCAACUUGGGUAAGCCAACCAUGAAGCUAUCUGGCCUCUAUUGUUAAUAAAUUAAACAACUAAUAUGUACAAAACUUCGUCUAUUUAGAACAUUUGCGAAUAAUAUGAAAGCCUUUGGUCUUCCGAAAUCAACGUGUCAAGAAUUUAUUCAGAAAAUGAGCGUUAUUGGUGAAUUGGACAAAGGUUAGCCAUGGCAUGAAGCUUUCGUACGAAACUGAGGCUUGGCAAUUACUUGAAUUAAAUAUAACCCAGUAUCAGCCUCGCUAAACAAAUUCGGGAAUGUCUAGCCUGCGUGCAGGCGGCCCGCUAAUACCGCCUGCAACGGAAGCUGAGAUGAGUGUCUAGUGUUUUCUAGUGCAAAUUUUCUAACAUAUUUUCAUUUUCCUUUGCAGAACAAAUAGCCUUGCUCCAAAAAACCUUUGAAGACUCUUGAUGUAGAUUAUAUGUAGAAACGAAUGUAUGAAUUUUUGUAUGAACAAUGAAUUAAGUUAAAAUAUAUUUUGUGAAACAAAAAACAGUGCAUGUAAAAAUCUAUCAGAUAUGGAAUCAUACUUGAUAGCUAUCUCGUAUACUUAUGCACGUGUACAUUCAACAAAUAUGAAAUGCAUUAAAAUAUAAAUAAAACAUUGACCAGUGUCUUGCUUUGUAUAGUUCAUUAUCAACAAGUUGUG